UUUGGUUCAGGGUUUGUCUAGAUUUCAAAACAAUAGCCAACCAAUCUGAACAGUGAACCGUUUUCGAACCGGUCGGUCUUUCUGAUAUCAUUUUCCGAUAUACAUACAGAUCCAUCUCGGCGAAGACGAUCAAUUGAAGGCUCCUGCUGUGUAAUAGAUGGAGCAGCGCGCAGUAGAUGAAGUUUUAUUCGAGACCCGUCAUCACGCUUCUAGACCUUUCUCUUCUAAUUAUCCUCCUAUUAAUCCACAGCUGAAUGAAGAUUCGGGUGCAGGCUUUUUGUCUUGGAUUCCUCUACCAGGUGUGAGCCAGAUCAAAGACAAAUGGAGAGAAUACAGGCAUCCACAAAAGUUAAGGAAAGUGGUAUCUUUGUUUGUCUCCCCAACUGGUGAACAUGUGGCAAUAACAACUGCGAAUCAAAUUACGAUCUUGCAAAAGGAUGAUGAUUACCGGCAACCCUGUGGCUAUUAUAAUUGUAGCAGUAACGUCACAUUCACUUGUGGAGCCUGGUCAGAAGCUCAUGAUAUUCUUGGCAUUUGUGAUGAUACUGAUACUCUCUAUUUCAUCAAAGUUAAUGGUGAAUUGAUAUCAAGUAUUACCAGGAGGCAUCUGAAACUGCCUUCUCCAAUUAUAGAUUUGAUUGUACUGGAUGACUUUGAUGAUAAGAAGUCUUGCUUGGGUGUCUUCAGGAUAUUUACAUCAGAUGGUUCUUAUUAUGAUAUUGACAUUAACAAGGAUCCAAGGGUCUCUAUUUCUCCAGCGUGCGCCUCAAUGAUAGAUAAGCGAUUUCCUCAUUAUGUAUCCUGCAUGGAUUACCAUUCAGAUCUUUCGUUGGUUGCUCUAGUUUGUACAGGGCCUAGCAUUUCACUGACAAGUAGUACUACCGGAUCCUAUAGCCUUUCUCUAUGGCGAAGAACUGGGAACUUAAAUCUUGAACCAGUGUCUAGUACUCAGUUUGAAGGCUUAUAUUCUAUAUUGAAGGGUUAUACUGGCUUAUUAACCUAUCCAAAGUUGUUAUUUUCACCCAGCGGGAAACUGGUUGCUGCUUUGGAUUUAAGAGGAUCCUUGGUUACUUUUAAACUAAAAGAUGAAAAUUGUUCUUUAUCAAUAGUAUCUUGUGAGGAAAGCUCUAAUUUACAACAGAGCGAUAAUAAGUCAACUGAAAGGAGAGAAUGGUUGAAUGAUAUAGUGGAUUUCACUUGGUGGUCAGACAACAUCCUUACUAUAGCUAAAAGGGGUGGGACUAUCAUCAUGUUCGACAUAUUUAGUGGCAUAAGACUUUCAAAGAGUGAUCUUGUAUAUUCCAUGCCUGUAUUACAACGUGUGCAACAGUUCCCAAGACAGAUUUUUCUUAUAGAGAGCACUGCUAGAGAAAGUGACGAUUCAUCCCAGAAAAAAGAACCAAGCAGCAUACAUCAUAUGGAGCAGGUUAUUGUUGAUAAGUAUAAUCAGCUUGACAUUGCCAAAUUGAAAUGGAGCCUGAUUUCCUUUGCAGGAAAAUCUGUUCCUGAGAUGUAUGAUAUAUUAAUAGGUGGUGGGAAGUAUCAGGAAGCCCUGGACUUUGCUCUUCAUUAUGGUCUGGAUCAGGAUGAAGUGCUAAAGACAGAAUGGUUGCUUUCUGGGCAAGGAAUAAAGGAGAUCAAUAAGUUGCUGCCAAAUAUCAAGGAUCAAGCAUUUGUACUUUCUGAAUGUGUUGAUAGAGUUGGACAAACAGAAGAUAGUACACGGGCUUUACUUGCUUAUGGCCUCCGGUUAACAGAGCAGUACAUGUUUUCUGAUUCAGAAGAUGACUUGUCUUUGCAAAUUUGGGAUUAUCGGUUGGCUAGACUUAAAGUAUUGCAAUUUAGAGACAAGCUUGAGACAUUUCUUGGGAUAAACAUGGGCAGGUUUUCCAUGCAGGAUUACAUGAAGUUCCGCACUUCACCAAUUAAUGAAAGUGCUGUAGUACUUGCUGAAAGUGGGAAAAUUGGAGCUCUCAACCUUCUAUUUAAGCGACACCCUUAUUCACUAGCUCCUUGCAUGCUGGAAGUUCUAGCUGCUAUUCCUGAAACAAUUCCUGUCCAAACUUAUGGGCAACUGCUUCCAGGACUACAUCCUCCAUCAAGUAUUUCUCUAAGAGAGGAAGAUUGGGUUGAGUGUGAAAAGAUGAUCACUUCUGUUGGCAGAAUUCUUGCGAGUCAUGAGAGCAGUGUCAACAUUAAAACCGAACCCAUAAUUAAACAAACAUGUGGGCUUUUGUGGCCAUCAAGUAAUGAACUCGCAACAUGGUAUAGAAGUAGAGCUAGAGCUAUUGAUUCCUUGAGUGGUCAGCUGGACAACAGCCUUUGUUUGAUCGACUGUGCUUGUCAGAAGGGUAUUUCUGAUUUGCAGCAGUUUCGUGAAGAUAUGUCGUACUUGCACCAGCUCAUAUAUUCUGUUGGAACUGAGGAUGAAACAAAUUUCACGAUGGAUCUGAUUACAUGGGAACAGUUACCUAGUUAUGAGAAGUUCAAAAUAAUGCUCAAGGGGGUGAAAGAGGAAAAUGUAGUACAAGUUCUGCUGAAUAAAGCACUUCCAUUUAUGCAGUUUCAAACUGUUAUUGAUACGAGAGCUGCUUCAUUUCUGGUUGAAUGGCUCACGGAGAUGGCUGUGGAUACUAAAUUAGAGUUAUGUUUGAUGGUGAUUGAAGAGGGAUGCAGGGAGGUUGGAAGGAAUGGUUUCUUCAGGAAUGAAGUUGAAGUGGUUGACUGUGCUCUGCAGUGCAUUUAUUCCUGCAGUAAUACAGAUAAGUGGAAUACUAUGAAUGCUAUAAUGUCGAAGCUUCCCAAGCUACAGGAUUCUGAAGUCCAGGGCUUGAAGGAAAGACUAGAACUUGCUGAAGGCCAUAUUGAAGCUGGAAGGCUGUUGACUUUUUACCAGGUACCAAAACCCAUUGGAUUUCUUAUACAGCCACAUGAAGAUGUGAAGGGUGUAAAGCAGAUUCUUCGCCUAAUACUUUCGAAAUUUGUCCGGAGACUACCAGGCCGAUCAGAUAAUGAAUGGGCAAACAUGUGGCGUGAUCUGCAAACCUUGCAAGAAAAAGCAUUUCCCUUUCUGGAUCUAGAGUAUAUUUUAAUGGAGUUCUGUAGGGGAUUACUGAAAGCUGGGAAAUUUACACUUGCUAGGAACUACUUAAAAGGUUCAGGAUCUGUUAGUUUGGCGGCAGAUAAGGCAGAAUAUCUUGUCAUUCAAGCUGCAAGAGAUUACUUCUUCUCAGCUUCAAGUCUUGCUUGCUCAGAAAUCUGGAAGGCUAAGGAAUGUCUAAAUAUCCUUCCAAGCAGCAGAAAUGUCAGGGCGGAGGCAGAUGUCAUUGAUGCAAUUACAAUUAAACUUCCGAAUCUAGGAGUGAGCCUUCUGCCAAUGCAAUUCAGACAAAUUAAAGAUCCUAUGGAAAUAAUAAAAUUAGCAAUUACAAGUCAAGGUGGAUCAUAUCUAAAUGUUGAAGAACUUGUUGAGGUUGCCAAACUUCUUGGUCUGAGUUCUCAGGAUGACAUAUCAGCCGUUCAAGAAGCUAUUGCAAGGGAAGCAGCAGUAGCUGGAGAUCUUCAAUUGUCAUUCGAUCUGUGCCUGGCUUUGGCCAAGAAAGGACAUGGGGCUGUAUGGGACCUAUGUGCUGCCCUAGCAAGAGGUCCUGUCCUUGAUAACAUGGAUGUAAGCUCCCGAAAGCAACUUCUUGGUUUUGCUUUAAGCCACUGUGAUGAGGAAUCUAUUGGUGAGCUAUUACUUGCAUGGAAAGAUCUGGAUAUCGAAGGGCAAUGUGAAAAACUAAUGAAUUUGACGGGGACAGGCCCUCCAAAGUUCUCCACCCAUGGUGCCUCAGUUAUCUCCUAUCCGCCACACAGUUUUCAAGAUAUAGCUGACCUAAGCGAUCGAUCUGAACAGGUUGACAGAGUUGUUAAUGAUGAUCAAGUCUAUUUUGAAAGCAUAAAAAACACUCUCUUUGUCGUUGCCAAAGAUUUAACUGUGGACAAUGCCCCGGACUGGGAUUCUCUUCUAAGGGAUAAUGGAAAGAUGUUCUCCUUUGCAGCAUUACGACUUCCAUGGUUGCUGGAAUUAAGUCAGUUUACAGUUUCAGGCUCAAUUUCCAGUAAGAUGUAUGUAAAUGUUAGAACACAAGCUGUUGUCGCAAUUCUUUCCUGGCUGGCAAGGAACGGUAUUGCUCCAAAAGAUAAUUUGAUUGCAUCUCUAGCCAAAUCAAUUUUAACACCUCCUGUUACUCAAAGGGAAGACAUACUAGGAUGUUCCUUUCUGUUAAAUCUUGUAGAUGCCUUUCAGGGGGUGGAAAUAAUAGAAGAGCAGGUAAAAAGAAGGGAAGACUACAAUGAAAUCUCUAGCAUAAUGAAUGUUGGGAUGAUUUAUAGUUUGCUACACAACUAUGGAUUUGAAUGUGAGGAUCCUGCCCAGCGAAGAGAACUGUUGCUGAAAAAGUUUCAAGAGAAAUACACAUCAUUAAAUUCAGAUGAACAAGAGAAAAUUGAUAAGACUCAAUCCUCAUUUUGGAGAGAAUGGAAAGAGAAGUUAGAAAACCAAAAGCGUGUAGCAGAUCAUACAAGGGUGUUAGAGCAAAUAAUUCCUGGUGUUGAAACUGAACGCUUUCUGUCUGGAGACAUCGGCUAUAUGGAGAGUGUUGUUUGUUCUUUUGUUGGAUCAGUAAGAUCAGAGAAAAAGCAAAUAUUGAAGGAUGUCCUGCUACUUGUUUCUACCUACCGCUUAAAUGAGACCAAGGUGCUACAACAGUACCUUGCUUCUGUCCUUGUUUCAGAUGUUUGGGCUGUUGAUGAUAUAAUGGCCGAAAUUUCAAUCUUUAAAGGCAAUGUGCUUGCUUGUGCUGCAGAAUCAAUAAAAACCAUCUCCUUGUCAGUGUACCCUGCAAUUAAUGGGCAUGACAAACAACGACUAGCUUGUUUAUAUGCCUUGCUAUCUGACUGCUACAUGCAGCUUGGAAAAGAUAAAGACUUGUUGCCCGUGAUGGAUACAAAACCCCCACAUAUAGCUGCUCAUGCGUUGGCUCAUUUUUAUAAGGUGGUUGAGCAAGAAUGUUCCAGAGUUUCUUUUAUACAGGGCCUGAACUUUAAGAAUAUUGCUGGGUUGCAAGGACUAAACCUUGAGAGUUUCAGCAGUGAGGUCUUGUCUCACAUUGAUAUACAUACUGUUGAAGCACUAGCAAAGAUGGUCCAGACUCUUGUUGACUACUGCGGGGAUCCAGAAUCGGAGGUUCUUCUAUCAUGGCGCGAUGUCUACAAACACCAUGUAUUGAGUUUGUUGUCAGAGUUGGGAUUAAGCGCUAAAUCCAGGAUUCCUUUUGAAAGUCCUGAAAAUCUUCAGCACUUCAUAAAUGAGCUUGAGAGUACAUAUGAUAUGUGCAGAAACUAUAUAAGUGCACUGACAUGUCCAGCUGUCCUGGAAAUAAUGAAGCAAUACUUAGAUAUAAUACUACCCUUUAAAAAUUCCUUGAAUAUUAUUUCUUGCGAUUCAAGCUGGCAGGAUUGCCUUAGAAUCAUGCUAACAUUUUGGUUAAAACUAGCUGGUGACAUGCAGGAAUUUGUGUCCCAGGAGGGUUCAGAAAAUUUUCACCCGAGAUGUUUAAUGGUGUGCGUUGAAGGUUUUCUAGACCUGGUUGUGGGGAAGAAAGUCUCACCAAGACAGGGUUGGAGAACUCUUGUUCGCUAUGUUGAGAAGGGCCUUACUGGCAGCAUUACUAUUGAAAUUUCACAUUUCUGCCAAGCAAUGAUUUUUUCUGGGUGUAAAUUCGAAGCUAUUGCACAUGUAUAUUCUCAUGCAGUGUCACAGUUCCCAUCUAACUCAACUCCAAUCUCUGGGAGCCAGAAAUAUUGUGAUGAAACACAAGAUCUUCGCCAUCUUUAUAUGAGUAUAUUUGAAAAAAUCUUGCAAGACCUUUCUUCUGGUGCAUCCCUUAAUCACCCAGAUCUACCCAAUCUCUUGUCAUCUUUGAGUGAAGUAAAACAUGAAAUGGAGGAUCUGAAGAUGGUAAGGCAAGCAGUUUGGACGAGUAUGGCAAAGUUCUCGGAUAACUUGGAGCUUCCUGACCAUGUGCGAGUUUACAUCCUGGAGCUUAUGCAAUCUAUUUCAUCUAGAGGUCGAACUUUGAAGGCAUUUUCCGCUGAGAUACAGGCCAAUAUUGUUCCAUGGGAAGGGUGGGAUGGUUUACAAAGAACAGAUGCUGACACUGAGACUACCGUUGAUCAUGGUGUGCAAAAUGUUAAUACUGAAGCUUCGAGUAGAUUUGCUAAUACUCUAGUCGCCCUCAAGUCGUCACAGCUGGUGUCUGCUAUCUCUCCCAGUUUACAGAUUACUCCAAAAGAUCUUGUGACCGUUGAAUCAGCAGUUUCUUGCUUCUCGAUAUUAUGUGAAGCUGCUGAAGUUGGAAGCCAUUGUGAUUGUUUGAUAGCCAUUUUGGAAGAGUGGGAAGGGCUAUUUCCAUCAGGUAGAGCUGAGGCAAAUUCCACCGAAACAACUGAUGCCGGAAACAAUUGGGGCAGUGAUGAUUGGGAUGAUGGAUGGGAAAGCUUUCAAGAACCCUUGGACAAGGAACUGAAGGAGAACACGCUUGUAGUUCAUCCUCUGCAUGCUUGUUGGUUGGAGAUCUUUAAGAAGAUGGUGCAAUUAUCUCGAUUUAGAGAUUUGUUGAUGUUGAUAGAUAGAUCCUUGGCAAAGACUACUGGCAUCUUGCUGGAUGAUAAUGGCACCCUUCACAUGAGCCAAACUACUGCCGAGUUGGAUUGCUUUGCAGCUCUCAAGAUGGCUCUCUUGCUGCCUUAUGAUGGAACACAGCUAUUGUGUUUGGAUUCAGUUGAAGAUAAACUCAAGCAAGUAGGCAUUUCAGACGCAAUUUCUAGAGAUGUUGAGUUUCUAAUUCUUGCAUUGCACUCCGGAAUCAUUACAAAGAUCAUCACUAAAACUUCCUAUGGAACCACCUUUUCAUAUAUUUGCUAUAUUGUUGGGAAUCUAUCUCGCCAGUGCCAGGAAGACCGGCUGCCUAGUCUCAAACAAAGAAGGGUAUACGAACCAGAAAGCAAAGAGAAAUAUAUUAUGUUACUUUUCGGAAAAUUACUUUUUCCCUGUUUUAUAACAGAGCUUGUGAAGGCAGAUCAGCAGAUUCUAGCUGGGAUCCUGGUCACGAAAUUCAUGCAUACAAAUGCAUCUCUCAGUUUAAUUAAUGUUGCAGAGGCCAGUCUCCGGAAAUAUUUAGAAAUGCAGCAGCUUCAAGUUCUUCAAGAUGAUGCAUCUGCUUCUGCAGAUAGGGACUUCUGUGAACCUUUGGCAAAUACUGUUGCCCAGUUGAAAGGCAGAUUAGGGAAUCUAAUCCAAACUGCAUUGUCUAUGAUUUCUACCAAUGUUAGAUGAUAGAGGUUAUUAGAUUUUGUCAAUGUUUAGUGUUAUAAUCUCAUGAUUAGUCUGUUUCCUACA